AACUCAAGUGAUUCAAUAUGGCGAAACCUGUAGUAAGUGAGAGCGUGUGUGUUGAAGAAAAAAAAUAAUAAAGACGUUUAUUAAGAAAAAACUAAUGCAUAAUUUCAUCAAAGUGUGACGAAAGUGUUUUGAAAGUAGCAUAUAAACAAGUUUCUUCUGAUGUUGAUUAAUGCAAAAGUUGAAAAAUUUAAUUUCUACAAAUUCUCGCACAUUUCUUUAUCUUAUCAGGGUUUUUCCCACACACAGUUACAAGUUAAAAUAGUACGAAAAACAUAAAUAAAGACCUUAUGUCUAAAUCAAAAUAAUACAUAGCCAACUACCCUAAUAAUAAUAAUGAGUAACGAGUAAAUUUGUGUCAGCAGUUCUCCUUCCUUAUAUAUAAAAACAAUAACAAAAAAAACGAUUACUUGGUUUCAUUUCGAGAAAUAAACUCAUUCAAAAUCAAUAAACUUUGAAGUAUUCUGUGAGAAAAGUAAACUGUUCAUUAGUGUAUUUGUUGUGAGUAAAUCUCUUAGAAACCAAAAUGGAUCAAGCAAGAGAGAAGGAAAUUGAGGAAGAGUAUUUGUCAUCAUUGAUGGAUCUCAACGUCAACAGCAAGCCGCUCAUUAAUAUGCUAACGAUGUUGGCAGAAGAUAACAUCGAAAAUGCACAUGUGAUAGUGAAAGCAGUUGAAAUGCAUUUGGCAAAGGUGUCACCGGAUGUUAAACUACCAAUACUUUAUUUAAUUGAUUCGAUUGUUAAAAAUGUCGGUGAUAAGUACAAACAACUGUUCGCACAAAAUAUUGUAAAUAUGUUUUGUGGAGUGUUUGAAAAGGUCAAUGAAAAAGUUCGUGAAAAGAUGUUCAAUCUUCGAAUGACAUGGAAUGAAGUCUUUCCCCAAACAAAGCUUUAUGCUUUAGAUGUUAAAGUCAACGUUUUGGAUAACAAUUGGCCAAUAACAGCUAAAGUUGUGCCUAAAUCAGUUCAUGUUAAUCCAAACUUUCUCAAAAACCAGCCACCACCAGAAGCUCAACUUCAAACUCGAGCUCAGGAAGAUCUUCUAAAGCAAAUGAAAGAGAAAGAACGCGAAUUGUUGGAGUUGAAGCAACGAAAAAUUGAACUCGAACUGAUGGUGACGAAGAAGAAAAUUGCUGAAUCAGAAAAAGAAAUUCGUAGUGGAUUUGUUAAUCCAUCAGUGCCAGUAGUUCCUGUUUCUUUAGUCCAAUCGACUGGAAUGCCUGGAAUAAUGAUUCCUCCACCUGCACAACAAGGUCGUGUUCGAAUUGCACCAGUAAGUGCUGGAAUGAUAUCGACAGCUCGUUCUCGAGAUCCACGAUUACUUCGAAUGAGACAAAAUGUUCCAUCGACAACAAUUAGUCACUCUAACAUGCCGCCAUCAAUUCCUUCUCCAUUAGUGUCACUUUCUGGAAGUUCCUUGACAAAAUCUCUGCCAAGAAUUCCAAAAUUUAGUCAACAACAAACCAACAAUAAAAUGUCAAGAGAUGAGGAAAGAGAUCCGAGAAUACGAAAAUCUAGAGAAGAUUCGCAUAGCAAUUCAAUGAAACUGAACAAGAACAAUAGUCAAAAUACAAAGUCAAGAUCAUCACAUUCAUCAAAGAAUUCAUCAUCGAAAUCAAGUGAACGUAAAAAAUCAGGAUCAAGUGAUGAUACAUCACCAAGGAAGAGAAACGACGAAGAGAAAAAAUCAGCACGCAGCUCUUCUUCACAUCACCAUAAAUCAUCAAUAGGUUCCAAAUCACGUUCAUCGAAAAGUCCCUCGAAAAUGUCACCACCAAACAACAGCGAUAGUUCUAAGGAUGUUGAUUUACGUUUCAAUCUCUCCAGUGAUGCAUUGAUGAAACCCGACAGCACUACAAAUCCAACAAGUAGCAAGUCUAACAAAGAUAAACUUCUAACUGACUUGUUGAAUGAUGAAGAUUUGAAGUCUAGUCAUGAUAUUCCAUCCGAUGAUAACGGAAUAGGAAAAGUUGAGCCAUCGAAAUAUGAUACAGAUUUAAGAUCAACAAAUGCUGGUAUUGAAGGUGGAAAGAAGCGACGAUCAAUAAGCGAUGAACCAUUGGAAUCAGAGCCAUCAAUUAAAAAGAACCGAGCGGAAACAGAUUUAUUAUUUGGCAAUCAAGAUGUUGACUUGAGAACAUUAGGAGAAGCAUCUGAAGAGCGUCGAUCAAAAUCGAAGGAAAAAGCUGAUUUUGAAGCUGUUCGUGCAAAACUUAAUGCAACAAAAGAGAAAGCAAAACUUCGAGGUGGAAUCAAAUUGUUGGAUGAAUUACCAAAAAUGCCACCAGGAGAGAAUGGAACAGCUGAACUUGUACGAAAGAUUCUUGGACGUAAAGAUACAAAAAUUGGCGAAGUGAAAAUUGAUGAAGAAUCAACUACAUCACAAAAUUUGAACACGGUUGAGGAAGAACCUGAAAUCGUUAAUCAACCGCCACCAAUGAAGCAACAGAAAUUCAACCAUGUGAAUGAUGAAAGAAUUGACGAAGUUCCUGACAUGGGAAAUUUGACGGCAGCUGAAUUAAGAAAGCCAACUGUUCCAGCAAGCAUUCGUAAAGAAAAGCGAAAGAAUUCGAAAUGGAAUCAACCAAAUAAUAAUCAAUGGCCGUUACCUCCCAUGAACACAAACAUUCGUCCACCAAUGCCAAUGAUGACACCACCAACGCAUAACAUGAUGCCACAUCACUUUUUAAAUCCUUGGGAAUCAAAUCCAAUGGUGAUGCAAAUGCAAAAACAAUCACAAAUGCCGCUCGUGUUACCUCAAAGCAUUUCGCAACCAGUUUUAAAUAAUAAAAUGCGAACACUUCGUUUAGAUGGAACAAAAGAUCAUUUACUUCGUUUUUAUCAUGAGACAGCAAUUAUCUUUAACGACUUAGGCGAACCACAUGAUAUUAAAUUUAGUGCUGGCCAAAGUCGUGUCAUCAUCGACGAUCAAUAUUCAAUCGAUCUCAAUUUCAACGAUUCAUACAAAUCUUUCUUAGUCGAAUCAAAUGUUCAUCAAAUAAAGUUUGGUUCACCAACGCGUGAACUUUAUAUUGAUAAUAAUUUCUAUGAAUGUUAUUUUAACAAUCAACCAACACAAAUCGUUCUUAAUGAUAAAUUGCGAAUGGUGAGAAUUGAAGGAAAAGCACCGGAAGUGAAGAUUGGAAGAAAGCGAAGUGACUUGGUGCUUGGAUUGAUAAACAUUGUCAUUGAUGCUGAAAUUAUGGUUCCAGUCUUUCUCGACACAACAAUUCAAUAUUUUGAAUUUAAAGGACAAAUUUAUUCGCUUCAAUUUGCUGACUUCUUUCUCACGGUUGUCAUUAACAAUGAAAUCUUUAAAGUUGAGUUUGGCGGAACACCGAAAAAAAUGGGAAAGCAUUUCAUCCGAUUUACGGUGUUACCAGACAAUGUACAACCAGGCCGAGUUAACAUGCUUGGCAUGCGACGAACUCAUCUUUCUAGAGGUUGUAAAUCACCGCCAUUAAUCCCACAAGUGGAUGAUGCUCUUGAUAUUAACAUGUUGGUGGAGAAUGACAUGCGAACACAGCAACCACAACAACAAAAUGAAAAUUUGAUUCCAUCACAAACACUUCCAGCAAUGAAUGUGAUUCCAGGUAUCGGACAUGAAGCUGUUGUGUCAACAACUGGACCUGCAUCCCUAAAUGUUCCAAACUUAGACAUCAACGAUCUGCUUAAGAAACUUGUUGCAACUGGAAUUAUUGGUGGCUCCAAUUCUAGUGGAAAUAAUGAACCAACAUCAACAUUUAACAAUGAGAGUAAGGAAAAGUCACCAGAAGUUUCAUCAGAUGAUACAAGGAAAGGAAAAUUACCUCAAAUUGAUGAUAAACGAAAUAUUCAACCAGUUUUAUUGUCACGUCCUGAAACAAUUAAAAAGAGACAAGCAGCAAUCAUUGACACGCUUUAUUCUGGAAUUCAAUGCAGCAGUUGUGGUUUAAGAUUCCCUCCAGAACAGACAAUGAAAUAUAGCCAACAUCUUGAUUGGCAUUUCCGUCAGAAUCGUCGUGAACGUGACAGUAAACGUCGCGCACAUUUCCGUAAAUGGUAUUAUAAUCAAUCAGAUUGGAUUAAAUAUGAAGAGAUUGAAGAUCUUGAAGAAAGAGAGAAAAACUUUUUCGAAGCACAACAAAUGGAAUCGAUGGCUGAUCAAGGUGAUGAAUCAAAUUUCUUACGUGGCCCUGGUGGAAGUUUAGAUAAUGCUGCAACAAUCAGUUGUCCAGCUGGUCCCGAUAAUGAUGAACAUUGCUGUGAAAUGUGUCAUGAUAAAUUUGAAACAUUCUUUAAUGAAGAAACUGAAGAAUGGCAUUUACGUUCAGCACUUAAGGUUGAUAACAAAUUUUAUCAUCCUAUUUGUUACGAGGAUUACAAGGCAUCACUAACAUUUGAUGAGUCUGGUUUAAUGGAAGCAUCAGCUGAAGAGUCUAAAGUUGAAGAAGAUUUGAAAGAGAAUUCUAAUGAUGUCGUGAUAAAGCAAGAGAACGAAGAAGAUGACGAAGAAGGAGAAAAGCAAAUUGCAAGAACUGAUGAUGACGAUGAUGUCAUCAUGUUGCCACCAGAAGAACCAGUCGUUACAGAAAUCCUUGAUGAGUCUGAAAUGAUCGAUGAGAAAGUUGAUGUGACAAUACCAGCAGAUGACGAUGUCAUGAUUAAUGAACCAAAGAUUGAAACGCAAUUGGUUCCUGACGAUGAUGACGAUGAUGACACCAAUGAUAAUCACGUCACACCAUCAGACGAUAAUUCAGAGCAAAAUUUAAUUGUAAAAAUCAAAGAAGAGCCAAAGGAUGAUGGAUAUGAAGAUUUAGUUGAUGAAGAGGAUGCUUUUGUGGAAGUGACGGAAAUUGCUAUCGAUGACGCAAUGCAGGAUGAUGCUUACAUAAACUCACCGCAGACGCCAUUCCAGCCAGCACAUGAUGACAACGCUGUGUUUGAUGAUUCAUCGCUGUUGCCUUCACCUCCGGCUCACGAUGAGCAUUCACGUGAUGUCGAUGAUGAUAAUAACUCACGACCAGAAUCCAGUGGCGCUCAACCGUCGAUGGGACGCAAUAAAAAAUUAAAAAUUGUACUUUCAUCAUUGGCACAAAGUAGUUUAUCGAAUAAGAACUUAAAUUCUAAUUCUAAUGUAAAUGAUCAGAAUGAAAACAGUAAUCUAGAUUCAGUCAAUAAAUUAGAUUCAAAUAGUGUAGACCUCCAAUCAGACCCACAAAAGGAUCAUCAAAAUGAAGCGGAGAGUCGUCAAGACGAACCUGAAAUUAGUUAUGAAGUAAAACCAGAAUUGCAAUCUGUCAAAUUUGAAAAGAUUUCGGUUCCUGUUAGACGUGGGGUUGAAAAUUCAGGCCUCUGCUCGAUUAUGUAAAGAAAAAAAAAUUCACUGCGUUGUUUGAAACGAAAAGAAAGUUUUCAUAACUUCUUUUUGUCUUCUAUCGCGCGAUCAUUUUUACAGGAAAUAUUUGUUGAGUUGCAACCGUAUCUCAUCACUGAAAGAUGUUUGGAUUAUCAAUCAUAUGUAAAUUAAUCAACUUAUUCUCGUUAUGUAUUUUUUAUGAGUUUUCUUUAUCAUUUUGUUUUUUUUCUUCUUGCAAAGGAAAAUUGGAGAAAAAAUAAAGAUGAAAUAAUUUUUGAAAUAUGAAAACAAAACAACUUAAGGGUGUUAUAUCUCUUAUCUUAUAAUAUUAAUGCAUUAAUCUUUGAUAUUUCUUAAACUUAAUUUACUUAGCCACGUAGAAACAUUUGCUCGAUGGAAAAAAGGAAAUACCUAAAUAAAAAAAAUUAAAGAUAAAAUUUAAUUCUUUUAUUUAAUGU